CGCACCAUGCCACCAAAGGGCGGCAAGGCCAAGGGCGGCGCUGCACAGAAGGCCGAGGCCGCCGCGUCCAAGGCCGCUGCCGAGGCCGCCGCCGCCGAGGCCGCCGAGGCCGCUGCGUGGGACAAGGGCGCAAAGGGCAAGUCGGCCGCCGACGCCAAGGCCGAAAAGGCGGCCGAGGCGGCGCGCAAGAAGGCCGAGAAGGAGCGCCUGCUCGCCGAGGAGGAGGCCAGCCUGCCGAGCAAGCCGCUCAAGAAGGAGAGCAAGAAGGCCGUGCAGAAGGAGAAGGCCUACGUGCCGCCGCCGGGCACCGGACUCGACGACGCGGUCAAGAGCUUCGGCGCCGACAACAUCGACGACAUGAUCGACGCCAUGUCGCUGGCCACGGAGCGCACCGACAAGGCCGCCGUCGGCUCCAAGGCCGGCGCCAUCGAGCGGCACCCGGAGCGGCGCUACAAGGCGGCGUUUGAGGCCUUCAAGGAACGCGAGAUGCCGCGCAUCAAGGCCGAGCGCCCGGGUCUGCGCAACAACCAGUACGAGAACGAGCUGCACGACGAGUUCAAGAAGCACCCGGACAACCCGUUCAACCAACUGACCGUCGCGUACGAUGCCACCAAGGAGGAGAAGCUCGAGGCGCUGGCAGCCAAGAAGGCCGAGAAGGAGAAGCGCCUGCUGGCUUGAUGGGCGCCCUGCUGGGCGGCCGGCCCGCUUGCUGCCAGGACUGGGCUUGCCGCAGCGAUUCG